GUGCGGCGAGCCGGGGUGAUGACGUCAUCAUGGCGUGUGACGUUGACCCUGGCCCUUGUGUUGACCUCUCCGUGGAUGACCCCGACACCUGUACACGGACAGACCAUGGGUGCACGUGGGAGUGAUCGCCUUCUCAGAGAGGACAGAGGUCGUGCCCUUGACCGGAAACCUGACCUCAUUACGUCGCGACAUCCCCAUCAUCUACUACGAAGGACGCAGCACCGACACCAAAGACGCUUUCUCUAUGGCGCAGGCCAUGCUGCAGUCCGCCCGCAGUUUUCGGAGCGGAGCCACUCAGUCUGUGGUGAUCAUCACUGAUGGGGUGUCUAAAGACCCGCCUAACGCUCUGAAGGCCGCCGAGGUGCUUCUAUCAGAAGGUGUGAGGGUGUACUCUGUGGGGAUCGGCCGUAACGUGCGACUGUUGGAGCUAGUGGGCUUCACUGGCGGGAACAUCACCAGGCUCUUCCGGUGGAACCGGUUUGACGUUCUGCCGGACAUUGACCUUGACAUUGGCGCAGCAGCAACACCAACAGCAACAGUUUGGCUAGAGACAUACUCAGCUCACCCAUACGAGACCGCCACAGCGCCUGACUUCUCACAUGUCGAGUUGACCACAGCCACCGCCCGCCUGGCCCCCACCCCCAGCAGUCCUGUGUCUGACGUCAUGUUCUCCUCUCUCUACCCCGGACAUCACGGCUGGCCUGACGUGGACGGAGCAGGUUCGAAUCCCGGGGACGGGAGUAUCUUCUUCAACCGUUCCGACAUCCUCGCCGGACUGUGCGUGGACUCAGCAGCGAAGAAAGGCUUCGGUUAUCUCCCCCUGGCUACAGACGCCGGGAGUUACCUCCAGUGCUUCCUGUCUGACCUCGGUGACGUCACGGCGGUCAUCCGGCGGUGUCCGAGCGGUCAGCUGUGGGAGCAGAGGUCACUGACCUGUGUCCAGCCGUCAGGGGGCGCCACGUCGCUAGGCUCAUCGUUUGCCGUACAAAUCAACGUCACCGAUCCCUUAGGCCACACCCCCACGCUAUGCCACGCCCCUCCCCACGUGCCACGCCCCCUGGGGCUCAGCUUCCGGUACAGGCCUGAUGACGUCAGAAACGUGACAGCUUCCGGUGGCGGAGGGGAACAGGUGUUGGUGAGGUCCCGGUGGUGUAGUAGAGAGGGCCUUUUCAUCGUCACUGAGGAUGACCAGGCGAUACGGGUUCGAAUCUUUUCCAAGUCUGGCUACGUGAUGGGUGUGUCGCUGCC